AUGUUUGAUAACUUUUCGCGUGGUUUGAAAAAUUCUGCCUCAUUCCUGGAGAGCAGCACGGUUCCCUUCCUGGGGCCUCUACCUGUACUAAUCUACUCGAUACACUUUAUGAUGUUUUUCGGAUAUCAACAAUGGAUCCGUAGAUGUCAUCCACCUGACCUUUCGAAGGCCUUCGAUAAAGUUUGUUAUUCCAAGCUGAUCAGUAAGUUGGAAUGCUACGGUAUUCGAGGUAACACACUUAAGUGGAUAAUGUAAUAUCUAUCUGAAAGGAGUUUCACUGUUCGUGUCGACAAUAGUUUUUCUGGUAGCUACGCUUGUACCAGUGGCAUUCCGCAAGGCGGAGUUCUGUUUCCACUGCUCUCUUUGGUUCACACAAUUGAAGUGCCUCAGCUUCUCAGAACUUGUGGUGAGGUUCAUGUAUAA